AUGGAGAGCAGGGUAUCGGCCAGAGGUCCAACCGUAGUGGUGGACCCCAGCGUCACCCAUACACAAUCAGGCCAACCCCAAGCUGGGGUCACCCCAGCACGUGCCGCACACCGUCAGACUACGCUCACACCUCAAUGUAUGGACGGCUCAUUGGGCACUUACAAAUACAAUUACAGAUCAAAAUGGACCAUGUGUACUCUACCCUGGCUACUCGACUUCCUGUCCCGAACUAAAUACUUACUCUAUAACAGCACAUCAUCAGCAAAACCCACCAAUGACCCCAGUACUUGUCAUUGUACCAGUUGUCAUUGCCUCAGCAGGUGCGGAUUACAUUUGUAUCGAGUCCGAAACACUGACCAGCCAGGCACAAAUGUGCAGACUCAAGUACUCCAAAGUAACUGGUCAGCAACGUACCGCAGGUGA